GGCUACCAUGACAACCCUACAACGGCACCAAGAAGACCAAUAGAAAAGAAACAAAAUGUUUCAAUGCUGCACUCACUGUGGAUUUAGGGGAGAUAUUAUGAGACUGUUGUCAUUAGGCGAUUGCUAUUGAAACGCCCGAGUCUUGACUCGUGUUUUUUUUUUUUCUCUCUGAUUAUUUGGUUUCUCAGGUCAUUCCAUGGUUUUCAGAUCCCCUUUAGAGCUCUAUCCCACCCAUUUCUUCCUGCCAAACUUCGCGGAUCGCUCGGUACUUCUUGCCAGCAGCCCUCUCGGCUCGCGAGCCCACGAAGAGUUGUCCAUGUUUCAGCUGCCCACUCUCAACUUCUCCCCAGAACAAGUGGCCAGCGUGUGUGAGACGCUGGAGGAGACUGGCGAUAUCGAGAGACUGGGACGGUUCUUGUGGUCCCUGCCAGUGGCACCAGGAGCUUGUGAGGCCAUCAAUAAACAUGAAUCCAUUCUAAGAGCCCGGGCGGUGGUCGCUUUCCAUACGGGCAACUUCAGAGACCUGUACCACAUUUUGGAAAAUCAUAAAUUCACUAAAGAGUCUCACGGCAAGUUGCAAGCCAUGUGGCUGGAAGCUCACUACCAGGAGGCCGAAAAGCUGAGGGGUCGUCCACUGGGGCCCGUAGACAAAUACAGAGUGCGGAAGAAGUUUCCCCUACCUAGAACUAUAUGGGAUGGAGAGCAGAAGACACAUUGCUUCAAAGAACGGACUCGCAGUUUGUUGAGAGAGUGGUACCUGCAGGAUCCUUACCCAAAUCCUAGUAAGAAAAGGGAAUUGGCUCAGGCUACUGGACUCACUCCUACACAAGUGGGGAACUGGUUUAAAAACCGAAGGCAACGAGACAGAGCAGCGGCUGCAAAAAACAGGCUUCAGCACCAAGGGAUCGGACAGAGCAGUAUGCGGUCUCUGGGAGAACCAGGUUGCACAACACACAGUUCGGUGGAAUCACCAUCCACGGCUGCAAGUCCCACGACCAGUGUGUCCAGCAUGACAGAGCGAGUCGAGAUCAGCACAUCCAUUCUUUCUGUAACAUCUAGUGACUCUGAGUGUGAUGUAUGAUACGCAGGAAAUGGAAACACAGACACACCGAACUCCUAUUAAUGUUUUUAAAUUGUGGUAAGGGAAACAAAGAGAGACAAUUUGCUAUUGUGGACAAGCACGCUGUUUCCUUGCGCUGUUACGGACGCAAAACCACUUGCAUGAUGUUAAUUUGUUUCUGGGGAAAUAUUAUAGUAAAUUACAUCGGAAACAUUUUGAGGAACUUCCUGAAGAAAUAGCGCAAGAAAAUAAAAGAUAUGUGUCGCCUAUUUUGUUGCUCUCUGAAAGUCCAUGUGAUGGUUUGGUACAACCAAGAUGCAAUCUUCUGUUUUUCUGUUCAGCAGACAAUCAUUUUAUUCGUAAGCACCUUUUUCUACACUUCUGUCACUGCCUAUGUGGGUUCUGGUUAAUGUGGAAAAAUAGUUAUGACUGUAACAGAUUUUUAUUUUUAUUUGAAAUUUUUAUAUGAAUUAUGUAUAUCUUAAUGAUGCGAUCAAUUUCCCAGUUUGUAAUAUAUGAGUAGAGACGCUUGUACAAUAUUAUUAUCCUCUUUCCUUUACUGUGUCUUUCAUUUUUUCUCAACUUGGUGUUCCUGAACAAAUUCUACGGUUACCCUUAUCAUGGCUGGAAAGAUGUUACAGGGGACUACUGUGAUAUUUAGAGUGCGGCCGUGAGAAUUUUAAGGCAAAGGCUAUUUUGAAUAUUUAGAAGCUUGGCAGAUAUCGACCCUCUUACAAUUCCUGUAGGGCGCUUAUUAUUAUUACUAUUAUUAUUAUUAUUAUUAUUCAAUGUUUUAUGGACUGCGUGUUACACUUAUUCUAUAUGUAAAAUAACUUUCUAAAUCAAAAUACAGUAUUGCGUUUCUUA